AUGUCAAGCCCUAAUGAAUACGUAUUUCCUGCAUUUGAGGACCUCCCUCAAGUCAAUGACCAGCCAAUAGGCUGUCUCUGGGGGUUUUUUGACCAGGAUGGAAAGAAAGAUGAACUUGGAACUCUUAACCUCCUCACCCCAGAAGUCGUUAAAGCAGCAGCAACUGAGAUACAGCUGGGAAAACAUGUCCAACUUGACUGGAGCUUGAACCACCUAGAUUAUCCAGGUUAUGGUAGAUUUCAAUGUGAUCAUCGCAUCAAAGACCUGAGAGAAUUAGGCGUUGUUGCGUUUGAUGAUGAGCUCCGGAUAAAUACGCAAUCAAGCUCCCAAUGGGACGGUCUCAAGCAUUGGGGUUUGCAAGAUCAAGCUCUGUUUUACAAUGGUGCAACAGUAGAGCAAAUACAAGAAACUCCACAAAAUGGGAUUCAUAACAUAUGCAAUCGAGGCGGCAUUGUUGGUCGUGGAGUACUUGUCGAUUGGGUACGAUGGUGGGAACAUAAAAAUCCCAACGAAGUCCUACCAUCUGCUAUUAGUACGCAUAGAAUACCGGUUUCUGAAGUCGAAGAGGUGCUUCGGUUUCAGGGUACAGAGUGCCGGCAAGGUGACAUUUUCAUCAUGAGAACCGACUUCGUGCGUUGGCAUGAAGAAGCAUCGAAUGACGUUCGUAUUCACGGAACUCAGCAGAAUCAAGAUUUGAUCGGGCUUGAGAAUAGUAUGGAGACUGUCCGAUGGUUGUAUUCAAAGCAUUUUUCUGCGGUCGCCGGUGAUGCACAUGGAUUCGAAGUAUGUCCUAAUCCACCCGAUUGCUGUUUGCACGAAUGGCUUCUGGUUCAUUGGGGGACUCCGAUUGGGGAGUUAUGGAAUUUGGAGGGGCUUAGUAAAGCUUGUGAAGAGGCGAAUCGGUGGAGUUUCUUUUUCACAAGUGCUCCGCUUCACGUCCAAGGAGGAGUAGCCACACCUCCGUCAGCCAUAGCUAUUUUGUAA